UAUUGAGCACACUGAACUACUUUCACCACUGACGGACAGGCCAAUGACAGUCCAAUAAUUUGAUGCAGGGAGAUAAAGAUGCAAUUCGCAGGCAGUUCGUGUGGAAGACGUUUCAUGGGUAUUGGUGGAUGAUUAGAAACACGCAUUAAGAAAUUCGCUUGUCCGCCAUACCCUCGCACUGAACGCGGCGCCAAGCCUAUCAAGCACUGCUCUUGCUGUAAGGCGCUCCCAAAUUUGACGGCGUUUGAGCUCUCUUUUCAUUUCCGAGCUUGUCGGUUGCUCCUCGACAUUUAACUUCAACUUUGGAAGUGAAAUUUUGCAUCUCAACGCCCAACUAUCAUGGGAGAGCUCGUGCACGUAGAGGAACAGCGAUUUCCAUCCCGUCUGCUUGCGCAACUAGACCCUCAGGCUGCCAGAAUGCCAAAACACGUGGAGCGCUACAAUGACUCACUGGCAGGGCUAGGCCCUUCAAACAAUGAUCCACAAGUUGGAGCACUGAAUAAUCACGAAGAUCCUUGUCAGAGAUCUGGUCCCAAGCUCUGUGCCGCGUUCGUCGGAAUGGGAUCCCAACAUCCAGCCAUGGGUCGUCAGCUCGCAGAACAAUACCCUUCAUUCCUCGCUUCUAUCAAGGAAAAUGAUAGGAUCUUGACAGAAGUAUAUGGUCAGCCUUCGUUACUGGACCGCACGGGCCUCUUCAUUCCGGGCGCUGAGUGCUCCCUGAAUGCCAGUGGUUCCUGGCCGUUAAAUGAUGUCGUUAUAUCCUUUGCAUACAUACAAAUAUCGCUAUGGGAUCUCAUUCGAAGUUUGGGAUUUAAAGCUGACUUCGCUGUUGGUACAAGCGUAGGGGAAAUAGCGAUGGGCUACGCCUCGGGCCACUACGAUAGAACAACCGCAAUCGGGAUUGCCGCGGCCUUCGCUACUACGAUGUCUGAAGUCGAAGGAAACGGCGCCACCAUCUUUGUCGCGGUCAGUGCAUGCCAAGCACGGCUCAUCAUCGACGAUGUGCUUCUUCAUGCGGGGGUGACGUGCGGCCUCUGGAUUUCGUCCUUUCAUUCUCCACACGCCGUUGCCAUCGCCGGUACUCACCCACUCAUAAACGCAUUGCUUGCUUUCUUGAGCAACUCUAAGACGUUCUCUAAUACAUUUGCAGUGCGACUCCCCCAGCUUGGGUGUGCAUUCCACACGCCAUUGAUGAAACCUAUCGAGGCGCCAUUCAAGGCAGCACUGGAGAAUCUAGACCUAGACCACAAGUCGGAUGCGGCGACACCUGAAGUGCGAGUAAUGUCCACCAUUGACGGUACUUGGCUCAAUAGGCCGCUUGAUAGCGACUACUUCUGGGACAACGUUCUCCGCCCAACGAAAUUCGGUGACAUCGUGCAGAAGCUCGUACAUGAUGAGGGCGAAGAGAUUGUCCUCCUGGAGAUAGCUGCGCAUCCAGCCAUGAAAACUUGCGUAGAACAAUGUGGAGCUCGUUAUGUCGGGCUCAUCCGACGCCCUGCCCUAGGCGCCUUGGUCGAUGAAUCCAACGAAUGUCUCCAGCUUCUUGAAGCGGCCGAGCACCUUUACGAUGCUGGGUUCAGGAGCGAACUCCCCCGAGAGGCGUUUGAACAAACCCUUCAACUCCUUCAUGCAGGUCAAUAGGCUAUAUUCGUUGUAGACAUGAUGAAGGAACUUCAAGAGACGUAACAUCUACAUUAUAAUGCAAACCCCCUAAUCCUGGAUAUGGAUUCACGUUCCAGCCGUUUAUUGUACAUCCAGAGUCAGAAGUUGGAAUUAAGAAAAUGCUUAUUUACUAGUUCCGCGUUGAGCCAACCGCAAUUCACUGGGAUCAGUAGCACGCGGAUUCAAGCGCUUCCAGCGAUACAGGGUGGAAGCUAGAUUCGCGGGUAUAUAAAACAUAAAGACAGUCGUUCGUUCUAGCAACUACUCGUGGGUUGUUUCAGCUAUUUGGAAUCAAAGUCACGAUAAAAUGUGGAGAAAGGAACGAGAAACGGUGGGAAGGAACGAAUGCGUG